UAUAGUUCAUGUCACGUAUACUAUAGAAUUUCAGCACUGGAAGUGAAUUUCGGAACGCAGCCAAAGAAUGUGUAGUGCUGCCAUCUCCAGGUUGGAUUUUGUGCAACUCCGAGGUAGAUUCUUCCAUUUGUAUUUUGUGCCUUUCUUUCUCACUAUGGCGGACUUGACAAAAAUGUCUGAGAAAAAGACGGCAAAAAACGAAAAGAAGAUAAAGAAGGAGCCAAAGGAUGCUUCUAAGAAUGUGAUGCGUGAAGUGCGAAUUCGCAAGUUAUGUUUGAAUAUUUGUGUAGGAGAAUCUGGUGACAGACUGACACGUGCUGCUAAGGUAUUGGAACAGUUGACUGGUCAGCAACCAGUAUUUUCAAAAGCCAGGUAUACUGUGCGUUCCUUUGGCAUUCGACGUAAUGAAAAGAUAGCUGUACAUUGUACUGUGCGUGGUGCAAAGGCAGAAGAAAUCCUGGAACGUGGUCUGAAGGUACGUGAAUAUGAACUGAAGAAAGAAAACUUCUCUUGUACUGGAAACUUUGGCUUUGGUAUUCAAGAACACAUUGAUCUGGGAAUUAAGUAUGAUCCUAGCAUCGGCAUUUAUGGCUUGGACUUCUAUGUUGUACUUGGACGUCCAGGCUUCAAUGUAGCACAUAGGAGGAGAAAAACUGGUAAAGUCGGCUUUCAACACAGACUUACCAAAGAAGACGCGAUGAAAUGGUUCCAGCAAAAGUAUGAUGGUAUCAUUAUAGCUGGGAAAAAGUAAUAUACAUGCUUUGUAUUUCACGAUACUAUAAUAAAAAACAUAUUGUAUAUAUUA